AUGGAUCUUGAAGGAAGUAUAGGUCAAACUGAGAACAAUCCUAUGGCCAUUAAAAAUCAUUAUAUCCCUGAUUCAUUUCAAAGAGCAUCUAAUAUUAGAGUCCCAUUAGCACCCACUAUUAAAUUCGAAAUAAAUCCAAGAAUUUUUCAAAUGCUCCCUAAUUUUCAUGGAUUGCCUUUAGAGGAACCUCAUCAGCACUUAGAAAAAUUUCAUAUGGUCUGUGAUUUAGUUAAUCUCCCUCAAGUUACACCAGAAAUUAUUAAGAUGAAAUUAUUCCCUCAUACACUUAGAGACAAAGCUAGCCAUUGGCUAUCCACAUUAGAUAGAAAAUUAACUAGCUGGAAAGAUAUAGAACAUGCCUUUCUUUGAAAAUUUUAUCCCUUAGGAAAAACUCAAAAUAUGAGAAAAUAUAUAUAGAGUUUUUCUCAAAGACCAGGAGAAACUUUGCAUGAGACAUGAGAAAAAUUCAAAGAUUUACUUAGAAAGUGUCCUCAUCAUGCUAUACCCAAGUGGCAGCUCAAUAGAAUUUUUAAUGAUGGAUUAUUAGAACAACAUAGAAAUAUGGUUGAUUCUAUAUGUGGAGGAGCUUUUAUGGAGAAAACUCUUGAUGAGAUUUACAAUCUUUAUGAGAAUUUAAGUGAAAAUUUUAGAGAUCAAGCCUCUUUUGAAUUAUAUGAUAGGGAUAAGAAGAGAGGAAUUUAUGAAUUGCAUCAUGAUGAUGAUUCUAAACUUAGAAAUGAGGUUAAUCAGAUUAAUCAAAGAUUAGAAAAAAUUGAUUUACUUAUUGAUAAUAUUAGAAAGCCUUUUAACCCUCAACUUAAUUCGAAUAGUACAUGUCCUAUGUAUGGUGAAAAUGAUUAUUCUGAAUUUCAAUGUUAUAAUUUAGAUCAAUCAUUUCACCCUAUGCAAGAACAAGUGCAAGUAGCUCACAGUUUUAAUAGAAACAGGGAACCUUUUUCAAAUUCUUAUAAUCCGAAUUGGAGGAAUAAUUUUUUAUGAAGAGACCCAAAUAAUAUUCAAAAUUCAGAAGCACUUAGACCCAAUUCAAACUCUGAAUUUUGUCCAAAACAAGAAAACAGAUUUCAGAAAAAUGAGUCCUCUCAAAUCCAACCUGAUGCUAUGGAAAUGAUGCAGCAAAUGAGCCAAAUGAUGCAACAAACUAUGAAUCAAAUGAUGCUGCACCAGAAACAAAUUAUAGAGGCUCUUGAGAAUAAGAGAGAAGAGGGACAGCUACCUAGUCAGCCCAUAGAAAAUUCAGGGAACCGCCCAACAAUAGGAUUUCAGCAAGGGGAGUCUAGUAGCAUGAAUCUAGGAAAAAACCCACGAAAUGAAAAUGUUAGGACAGUGAAUGCAUUAAGGAGUGGUAAGAUCUUACUUGAUCCUUACCCCCAAACAUUAGAAGAAAAAGAAAACGUGGACAAAUCAAAACAAAAUCAAAUAGGAGUAGAAGAAGAUUUUAUAGAUUCUACCAAGGAAAUUUUGAAAGAGAGGACGACCAUUCCAUUUCCUAGAGCUCUAGAGCCUAGACAAAGAAAGAAAAAGGAACACAAUGAAAAAAUAAAGAAAAUUUUACAAGAUGUGCAAAUUAGUUUUCCUUUACUCACUACCAUUGAACAUAUUCUUGAAUAUGCUAGAGUUUUGAAAGAAAUGUGUACACCAAAAAGGGCACCUAGAGGUGAAAAAUUAUCUAUGCAUGCUAGUGCAUUAUUAUUAAAUCAAUUACCAUAUAAAUUGAGAGAUACAGGUGCCCCUUUAAUUUCAUGUGAUAUUGGUGGAUUCAUUUUUUAGAAUGCAUUACUUGACACCGGUGCUAGUAUUAAUUUAUUACCUGUAAGUAUUUGUGAUAAAUUUAAUAUUUCUGAUCUUAAACCUUCUACUGUUACCUUACAAUUUGCUGAUAGAUCCAUAAACAUCCUAAAGGUAUUUUAGAAAAUGUGAUAGUGACAGUUAAAGGGUGUAAAUUUCCAGCUGAUUUUGUAGUGCUGGAAAUGGAUCUUAAUGGAUAGUUUUAUGAUACACCAAUCAUCCUAGGGAGACCAUUUUUGCAUACAGCAAAGAUGAAUAUUGAUUUUUCCACAGGUAUUGCGAAAAUUUCAUGUGGAGAUCAAUCAGUAGAAAUUAAAAUUUUUGAGGUAUCAAAUGAUCUUAAGAAAUCCCAAGUAUAUGAUUGUCAUACCAUAGAUCUUCUAGAUGAUUUUGAUGAUCCAGAUGUUAUUGAUGACUGUGUGCUGGAAGAAUUAGAGGAAAUAGAGAAUAUAAAUUUAGAAGAAAAGAAAGAGGAAGAUCAUUUGAAUUUAGAGUUGAAACCUCUUCCCUCUAGUUUAAAAUAUAUGUUUUUGGAGGAAAAUAAUUCAUUUCCUAUUAUUAUUGCAGCUGAUUUGAGUAAUAAACAGGAAGAAGAAUUAUUAGAUGUACUUCGAAAAAAUAAGAAGGCUAUGGGCUAGAAAAUGGAUGAUCUAAGGGGCAUUGAUAUGAGUGUAUGCAUGCAUAGUAUAUAUCUAGAGGAAGGGGCUAGAACUAGCAGGGAACCACAACGAAGAUUAAAUCCUAACAUGAUGGAAAUUGUAAAAAAAGAAAUUUUAAAGUGGCUGGCUGCUGAUAUUAUUUAUCCUAUUUCAGAUAGCAAAUGGGUUAGUCCUACACAAGUGGUGCCAAAAAAAUCAGGGAUCACAGUUAUAAAAAAUGAAAAUGGAGAUGAAAUACAAACAAGAUUAACUACUGGUUGGAGGGUUUGCAUUGAUUAUAGAAAAUUAAAUUCAGUUACUAGAAAAGAUCAUUUUCCCCUACCAUUUACUGAUCAAAUUCUAGAAAAAUUAGCUGGAAAAAACUUUUUUUGUUUUCUAGAUGGAUACUCUAGUUAUAAUCAAAUUUAUAUAAACCCUUUAGAUCAAGAAAAAACAACUUUCACUUGUCCAUUUGGUACUUUUGCUUUUAAACGCAUGCCUUUUGGUCUGUGUAAUGCUCCAGCCACAUUUCAAAGAUGUAUGUUGUCUAUUUUUUCUGAUAUGAUUGGAAAAUGCAUGGAGAUUUUUAUGGAUGAUUUUUUUAUUUUUUGCGAAUCUUUUGAUGAAUGCUUAAAUCAUUUACAGCAUGUACUUGAGAAAUGCAUAAAGAAAAAACUAAUUUUGAGUUGGGAGAAAUCACAUUUUAUGGUUAAAGAGGGAGUUGUGUUGGGUCAUAUUGUGAGUGAAAGGGGUUUAGAGGUGGAUAGAGCAAAAAUUGAUAUUAUAUCUAAAAUGAAACCUCCAAAUUCAGUAAAACAGAUUAGAUCUUUCUUGGGUCAUGCAGGUUAUUACAGAAAAUUUAUUCAGGAUUUUUUGAACAUUUCUAAACCUCUCACCAUGCUAUUAUCUAAAGAUGUGCCUUUUAAUUUUGAUGAGAAAUGCUUUGAGUCUUUUUCUGAAAUAAAAAGAUUACUUAAUGAGGCACCCAUUUUACAAGCUCCUGAUUGGUCCCUUCCCUUUGAAAUAAUGUGUGAUGCAUCGAAUUAUGCAGUGGGGGCUGUUCUAGGACAAACAAAAGAGUCAAAACCCAUAGUAAUUUCAUAUGCUAGUAAAACUAUACCCGAUGCUCAAUUAAAUUAUACCACGACUGAAAAAGAGUUGUUAGCUGUAGUAUUUUCGUUAGAAAGGUUUAGAUCAUAUAUUUUGGGAGCUAAAAUUAUUAUUUAUACUAAUCAUGCAGCAUUAAAAUAUCUAUUAAAUAAGAAAGAUGCAAAGCCACGUUUAUUAAGAUGGAUUUUAUUGUUGCAGGAAUUUGACUUAGAAAUAAAAGAUAAAAAAUGUUUCGAGAAUGUUGUUGCUGACCAUCUUUCUAGAUUAAGUGAUACAGGAAUAAAUGCAGCACCUUUACAAGACGCAUUUCAAGAUGAACAAUUGAUGGCAGCUCAACAUCAACCAUCACCAUGGUAUGCACAUAUUGUUAAUUUUCUAGUUUCUAGAAAAACUCCAGAAUAGUGGGAUAAGAACAGAAAACAUCAUUUCUUUUCUAAGAUUAGAAAUUAUUUUUGGCAUGAUCCUGAUUUAUAUUACUUGGGCAAUGAUCAAAUUUUAAGGAGAUGUGUUCCUGAAGAAGAAUAUCAUAGCAUUAUUAACAUGUGCCAUUCAUCUAACCGUGGAGGACAUUUCUCUGGACGAAAAAUAGUUGCAAAAAUUUUUCAGUGUGGUUUUUAUUGGCCUACAAUCAUUAGAGAUUCUAUAGAAUUUAGUAGAACAUGUAUUUCAUGCCAAUCUAUAGGUAACAUGAGUAAAAAAGAUGAAAUGCCCUUGAGUAACAUGUUAGUAGUCAAAAUUUUUGAUGUAUCGGGAAUAGAUUUCAUGGGUCCCUUCCCAUCAGCUGAAAAAUAUGAAUAUAUUUUGCUUGCUGUUGAUUAUGUGUCGAAGUGGGUGGAAGCUAUUCCUACUAGAACUAAUGAUCAUAAAAUCAUGAUGAAAUUUGUGCAAGAAAAUAUUUUUUCGAGAUUUGGAUGUCCUAGAGUGAUUAUUAGUGAUGAAGGAACACAUUUUACAAAUAAACAUUUUAGGGAACUGUUGAAAAAGAAUGGAGUACACCAUAGAGUAGCCACUCCAUAUCAUCCCCAAACAAAUGGGCAAGCUGAAGUAGCAAAUAGGGAAAUUCAGAGAAUUUUGAGAAAAAUAGUUAAACUAGAUAGGAAAGAUUUGCCCACGAAAUUACAAGAUGCAUUAUGGGCUUAUACAGCUUAUAAAAAUCCCAUAGGUAUGUCUCCAUUUCGUCUCAUUUUUGGAAAGCCAUGUCAUCUUCUUGUGGAAAUAGAGCAUAAAGCAUUAUGGGCUAUAAAAAAUUUAUGUAUGGAUGAGAAAUCAGCUGGUGGGCAUAGAAUUUUUCAGCUACAUGAACUAGAAGAGUUGAGGAAUGAAACUUAUGAAAAUCAUAGAAUAUAUAAAGAAAAAACUAAAACUUUUCAUGAUAAAUACAUUAGCAGAAAAAAAAUUGAUGUUGGACAAAAAGUGUGGUUAUAUGAUUCUAGGCUGAAAUUAUUCCCAGGAAAAUUAAAAUCAAAAUGGAAAGGGCCUUAUGUGGUUGAAGAGACAAAUGAUCAUGGGGCUGUAAUGAUUACAGAUCCUAAAAGUGAUCAUAACUUUAAGGUAAAUGGACAGCGGCUUAAACAUUACAUAGAACAUGAACGCCUUGUAGAAAAAGAAAUUUUAUUAUUAGAAGAAAUUCAAGAGUAAGAUCAAGGAGUCCAGUUGGAGACAUUAAAUUCAGCGCUGCAUGGGAGGCAACCCAUGGUUUUUAUUUCAUUCUGUUUGAUUUUUUUAAAGCUCUAUUUUUCUUAGAAUUUCAUAGUACUUAUUUCUGUAUUUGUUUUUUUCGAAAAAGUGCAGGAGGAGUGUAAGAUGAAGUGGAAAAUUAAAAACGAGGUUGAGGUAAUGUCUUUCUGAGCUUCAUCAUUUAUGAAAAUAUUUUUAAUGCUUAACUUUGUAGAUAUGCAUGCUUCACUUGAAAAUUCUAUUUUCUGUAUAUUCUGUUUCGAUUUUUCUGUGUCAUUGAGGACAACGUCAUUUUUAAGUUGGGGGGUGAAGUAUUCAUUAUUAAUUUAUGCUGUAAGACGAUUAAGAACAUGUGUUUGCAUUUUAUUCAACUUAGAACAGCAACUAAAAAAAUAAAAAUAAAAAAAAAUUCAGAAAAAUUGCAACAACUAUUUUCUGGUUUUCUGUCAGGAACAACAAACUGUCAAAAACAGCAGACGAAAAAACAACCUGAAAUUUUAAAUUAUAGAGACCCUUUUCUCACAUUUCAAUCCCCUAGACAUAUAUUACUAAAAUUCGAAAUUACAGCUAUAAAGAAGAUAGUUUUGAUUUAUUUUUGACAAAUUUAUUGUUGCUAAAAUAGAACUAAAAACAGAAAAUAGAACUAUCAAAACUAUCUAAUUUACAAAUUUCUUACAUCAUAUUGCAUGCAUUAAAUCAAUUAGAUUGAUUGAUACCAAAAGAUACUAGGAAGAUUAUUAUUGAGUCAAAAUAAUGAUCUAGUAGCAUGAAAUGUUAGAAUACUCCUUGGAUACAUGAUAGAUAACAUAGAUUUGAUUUUACAGAUUUUCACUUCAUGAUCUUGAUGGAUAAUAUUUACUUGAUGUGAAAAUUUGAUUGAUCAUUUGAGUUUAAUGGAGAUUUUUGCACCCUGAUCUAUAGGACUUGUGAGGAGAAAUCACUUAUUUCGAAAAAAAAAAAGAGGGAGCAAUGUGAAAAAUCUAGAAACGAAGAGUACACAUGGAGGGUGUGAGAUAUCAUUCUCAUUGUUGAAAAUCGUGUAUAGAAAAACACUUGCUGUAAAAUAAGGGGAUAGAGUGAAAGCCCUGAAAAUGAAGAGUAGACAUGGAGGGUGUGAGACAUCAUUCUUAUUGUCGAAAUUUGUCUAUAGGAAAAGCUACUUAUUCAUUAUAUAUAAAGAAAGAAGAAAUAUAGUGCAAACUUCAAAAAUCAAGCCAUAGAAAAAGGGAAAUGUAGGAUCAAUAUUAUUCUUGGAUGAGUAUUGAUAAUUGGAACAUCUUGUAAAUACAUCUAUGAGUGAAGAAGUGAUAAAGAUGUGAAUAGAAGAAGUGAAGUCUAGAUUGUUAUUCCAAGGAGUGUUUAAUACUUUUUUAAUGUAAUCAUAACUAUUGAUAAAGGUGUGUAAUUAAUAUUUAUGCAAAAAGAGAAACUAUAUCAAUCAAUGAUAAUAAUAUAAGACAAUCAUUUAGAGGGCGUGAGUAUAAGUAGAUAUUUAUAUAAUAGUUACUUUUGCUAGGAAUAUGUAUCAUUUAUUGCCAACAUUUAAACUUUAGAAAUGUUUUGUACCUACUAUUUAUUCACCUUGGAAAUGGCACCACUUUAGACGUAACCUAUUAAGUACAGGAAUAUAAUAUGUUUAAGUACAUUCACACUUACAAAUUAUCAGAAACAAUUAUUAGACCCAUAAAUGUAAAUUUUAUGCAUAAAUAAUGAAUAUUACUUCUUUAUAAGAAAGCUGGCACAUAAAAAUACAGUAUUAAAGGGAAGAAAUCUAAUAUUAUUUCAUACAAUCAUAAUGUUUAGUUGCAAUGAAUAAUUACUAUAGUUUACCAAAAAUAAAAAAAUUAUCAUUAAAUAAAUGAACACUACAAGUAUUGGAUUAAAUGGCACGAAUUUUAUAGUUUAGGUUAUAUUUAUUUAUUAGAAUAUUAAAUAUUAUUAGAAAUAUUAUUUAUUAGAAUACGUAAAGUUAUGAAGAAAUAAUAAUUAUGUAUUGGAAGCUUAUGUGUCCACCAAACGACACACAUCCACCCCAUAAUGUGUUCAGAACCACAUGUAGUCCAAAACUGAAAGUAAUGUAAUGCCAUAAUUGGUUCCCAUCAUAGUAAAAGUAUGAUUUCUUUAGUGAUGAUCUAAAAAUUAAAAAACAUCUAAAUUCAUAGAAGAUUGGGUAGAUAAAGAGGAGUUUGAAAUAAAAGUCACAUAGCUAUGCUUUGUAAUGUCUUCAAUUUGAAAAGCAUAUUUUGAUAAAGUUAAAUCUUAUAUGAUUUACAUGGAUGAAUGUCAUCAUAUAUACCUUUUAUACAUUGCACCCUCUAGAUGUUUUCCUAAACUUGAAGUAAAAUGUAGCCAUCGUCAAAUCUUGAUUCAUUCCAUUGAUGAGUGGAAAAUAAAUUUCUUGUCUAAAGUAGGACUUUAAGUAUAAGUAGGAAAGUUAUUGUAUUAACAAGUGUGCCGACCAUCACAUUUAUGAGGAUGAUGAAUUAAUCAUGGAAACUAUUUAUUGAAACAAAUUAUCAUCUAUUUUGACUGUAGUCAAAUGUACAAUUGUAAUUAAGAGUUACAUAAUUCUAUAUGCGACCCCUAUUAAAUGUUUUUGAGCAAAUCUGUUGUAUAUAAAUUUGUAUAUAGUUUUACACAUAUAAAAUGAGAUUUUUACUUUUUUAAGAGCACACGUAAAAUAUUUUUAAGUAAAUUGAUAAUUUUCAAGUACAAUAUUUUUACCUUUAUUAUUUGUUAAUAUAAUGUCUUUUUUUGUCAUAAUAGGAAACCACUAAUAAGUUUUCAUUAUCAUGAGUUCAUAAUUAGUAAAUAAUAUAGUUUUAGCCUUAACUCAUGAUAAAUAGACUUAUAUUUCUGUUAAACUAUGAAAAGUAGUUUUCAAUUGAUUAAUGUGAUUUUUUUAGCUAAUUAGGUAAUUUUCUAUACAUUUAUAUGAUUUUUAUAGUCCUAUUUUUGAGAUAAAUCAAGAAAAAGAAAUAAAAAUAAAAAUAUAGCAAAAAGAGGGGACCCACCAGCCAACCGAGCCUGCAAGUGGGUCGGAAGCAUAGUCAGGGGGAGUCGUGAGCAGGGGCUCAGGUUGCUAGGACCAAUGGGGGCAUGUGUGCGCCACUCCCCUUCCACAUGACCAAUGGCCAGCUGGGUCUCAGACAAGGAGUGGUCGUACAUGUGAGAGAAAAGUACUCAUUACUUGUAAAUGUGAUAUUACUAUAUAUUCGCCUAAAACUUUGGCACACAAGGGAUGUGGGACUAAACCCACAUCACACUUUCCCUUGAAAGGCUUCGAAGAUUUUAAUAUCUAAAUUACUCCUUAGUUAUAAUAGAGAUAUACUAUGUUGACGUCACUUGAUAAGGGCAUUAGAGUACUUAUUUCAAUCUCUCAUGUAGGCGGGCAAUCGGCACGGGUUUGAAUCCUCCUAGAGCCCAAUGAAGGAUUAUCUUCACUUCCUUGUAGAUCACUAGUGAAGGAUUAAGUCACUAAAAUCAUUAGAUCAUUGGCAAAAAUCUUGUGAACACAAUUCGCAAAGCAUUGUUACUAAAAUUGCUGAAAAUGAUUCGCGAUAAAAGGAUCACGAAUCUAUCGAGUAAAUCAUCUCUGAUUGAUCGAUGAACAAGUCAUUGUCAAGAAGAGGACGAUCUGCAGGGAGACGAGUUGCCACCUCCUGAGAGCAUCCUGGAUGUGAUGAAGAGCCUCCUCUUGCUGCACGGACGUAAGGAUGAAGCUCCUUAACACGCGUCCCACCUCUAUCUAGCUCCUCUUCGUCGGGUGACUGAUAAGUCUUCAUUAUCAUGAGUUAAUAAUUAGUAAAUAAUAUAGUUUUAGCCUUAACUCAUGAUAAAUAGACUUAUAUUUGUGUUAAAGUGUGAAAAGUUGUUUUAAGUUGAUUAAUGUGAAUUUUUGGGUAAUUAUUUGAUUUAUACGAUUUUUAUAAUCUUAUUUUUGAGAUAAAUGAAGGAAAAGAAAUAAAAAUAAAAAUAUAGCAAAAUGGGGGGACCCGCCGGCCAGCCAGGCUCGCAAGUGGGUCGGAAGUGUAGUUGGGGAGUAGCCGCGAGCAGGGGCUCGAGCGGCUUGAACCGAUGGGGGCACGUGUGCGCCACUCCCCUUCCACGUCACCGAUGGCCAGCCGGCUGUGGGGUAAGAAGUGGUCGUACACGUGCGAGAAAGGGACUUGCUUAAAAAUCUAACAUUACUAUAUAUUUGCCCGAAAAUUUAGUGCACAACCAAUGUGGGACUAAACCCGCGUCACCUUCCCAGAAGGGGCGGGGCAACUGGCACAGGUUCGAAUCCUCUUAGAACCAAAGCUCAUAUGUUUUUAUCUGAUUAUCACGACUUUCUUGUAGAUCGCCGGUGAAGGAUUAAGCAACCAGAAUCGCUGGAUCAUCGGCAAAAAUCUCGUCAAUGCGAUUCACGGAGCAUUGCUACUAAAAUAAAUGAACAAUUCACGAUAAAAGGAUUGCGAAUCCACCGAGUAAAGCAUCUCCGAUUGAUCGACGAACAAGCUAUCAUCGAGAAGAGGACGAUCUGCCGGGAGAUGAGUUGCCACCUCCUGAGAGUGUACCAGAUGCGAUGAAGAGCCUCCUCUUGCUACACGGACUUGAGGAUGAAGCUCCCUGACACACGCCCCACCUCCAUCCAGCUCCUCUUCGUUGGGUGACAGCCGCCGGAGAGCUGCAAAGUCGCCAUUUUUCCGCUCUGUUAGGUGAUAGCCGUCGAAGAUGAUUUGACGACCCAUUUCAUUGAUCUCUAGACUUCGCAACGAGAUCUAGAGAUUGCCCACAUCGUCCUUGUCCAAGGAGAGACUUUGAGACUGUGGACACUACACGACUAUUCUCCCGAACGCUUAGGAUUCCAGUGCAUCGCUGACGUAUCGUCGUCGUGAUGCCGGAACUCUAUUUUCCUACUUUCACCUUACUUUACGCUUCAUUUAGUGAUAAUUUGUGUGACUUUAAUUUACCAAAAUAUACUUCGUUCAAUUACGAUUCUUCUUGCUUUUACAAAUCUUAAUUUGAUCAAUUAAAUUGUCUGUAAUCGCUUACGUAAAAAUCAUCGGGCAGAACUCUAUUUCCGCCCGAUUCAUGUUCGCCGGGCGCUGACUUCGUCUUGAGGUCCGCACCCUUAUUUCCUUUUUCUGUGAAUUUUAAAUAUAUUUCCUUUUCAUUUCCUAGUAUAAAAUUCAUACAAAAUAGUAUUCUUUGCUGAAAAUUCUGAAUAAUUACCAAAUAUUAUAUUACAUCUUUGUGAUUGACUUGGAAAAUUACUGCUAUUUUUGGAAAUUUUUAUUGAAUUAUAAUUGAUAUAUUUGUUCAGAAAUACUUCUAAAUAUUCAAAAAUUCAUAUUUUCUAGUUUUAUAAAUUUUAUAUUUGCGUGAUUUAAUAUACAACGACUAAGUCACGUCAAAUUUUGGUGCCACUGCCGGGGAUGUAUUGCAUACAUUUAGUAUUUUUCUAUUUUUCUCUUAGAGUACACAAAAAAAAAAUUAACUCUUGUUUUAUUUUUUUCUUGCCGAAAUUUUUUUUUAGAAAAAGGGAACGAAAAGAAGAAAGGCAAGGACUGGAGCAUACUGAAAGAGGGUAACAAUUACUAAACUUUUUCCCCUCGAAUUUAUUGAUUUUUUUAAUACAUGGUGGAAGAUCCCUGCAUCCAAGGCUAGAAAAUCCUUUCAUUAUUUCAUUCAAAACUAAAAAUCUGAAAGAAAAAAAUUAAUUUUGAUAGAUCCUGAAGAAAGUAUAGGUCAAACUGAGAACAAUCCUAUGGCCAUGAAAAAUUAUUAUAUCCCUGAUUCAUUUCAAAGAGCAUCUAAUAUUAAAGUCCCAUUAGCACCCACUAUUAAAUUUGAAAUAAAUCCAGGAAUUUUUCAAAUGCUCCCUAAUUUUCAUGUUUUUAAUGGUUUGUGAUUUAGUUAACCUCCCUCAAGUUACACCGGAAAUUAUUAAGAUGAAAUUAUUUUCUCAUACACUUAGGGACAAAGCUAGCCAUUAGCUAUCCAUAUUAGAUAGAGAAUUAACUAGCUGGAAAGACAUAGAACAGGCUUUUCUUCGAAAAUUUUAUCCCUUAGGAAAAACUUAAAAUAUGAAAAAACAUAUAUAGAAUUUUUCUCAAAGACCAGGAGAAACUUUGCAUGAGACAUGGGAAAAAUUCAAAGAUUUACUUAGAAUAUGUCCUCAUCAUACUAUACCCAAGUGGCAGCUCAAUAGAAUUUUUUAUGAUGGAUUAUUAGAACAACAUAGAAAUAUGGUUGAUUCUAUAUGUGGAGGAGCUUUUAUGGAGAAAACCCCUAAUGAGACUUACAGUCUUUAUGAAAAUUUAAGUGAAAAUUCUAGAGAUCAAGCCUCUUUUGAAUUAUAUGAUAGGGAUAAGAAGAGAGGAAUUUAUGAAUUGCAUCAUGAUGAUGAUUCUAAAUUGAGAAAUAAAGUUAAUCAAAUUAAUCAAAGAUUAGAAAAACUUGAUUUACUUAUUGACAAUAUUAGAAAGCCUCUUAACCCUCAAUUUAAUUCAAAUAGUACAUGUCCUAUGUAUGGUGAAAAUGAUUAUUUUGAAUUUCAAUGCUAUAAUUUAGAUCAAUCAUUUCACCCUAGGCAAGAACAAGUGCAAGUAGCUCACGGUUUUAAUAGAAAUAGGAAAACCUUUUUCAAAUUCUUAUAA